AUGAGGCGGAGACCCCGCACCACCUUCCUUCUCUCCUUCUUCGCCAUCCUUCUAUUAGCUGCAUUUUCCCUUCAUCUCUCUCGCAAUGCCGUUUCAAGUUGGAGACCACACUCCGACGUUGAUAAAAGUCCCAGGAACAACAACAACAACAACAUCGUCAACGACUUCAACCGUAUAAAACGGCGCGUAUCCUCCAUCGACUCCAAGGACUCCAUACCCAGCGUUUCCGUUCUGCUACCUGAUUGGGAGAUUCUCGUUAUUGUCUCACCAAACACGACCUUAUCUUCCGAUGAACAACACCAUUGUUUUUUUCACAACAAUGCCAAGUCUCCGGCGAAGUACUCCGGGGUCUUGCCCUUCACCAACCGGACCACGUUCAAGUGUGACAUGCCGGAAUCAGUUCGGCGCCGUCGCAUUUUCCAGCAGCCCGUGUUGGUGACGUCGGAAAAUGAAUCCACGGAUCCUUCGCCGGCGCCGGAACUCAUGAGGUGGAACUUUCUGGUGUACGAGUCUUUCUCCACGGAGGACGACGUCGUUUUGUUCGCGAAAGGGGUGAACCAUCGCCAGGGGUAUGACAGGUCCCCUAAGGAGCUCCGCUGCUUGUUCGACUUGGGAGACGGCGUUCGCAUCCGUAAAGCCGUCACGAGCUCCGUGCAAGAGGUUUUCCGAUGCCCACACCCGGAUCCGUCUGAAUCGGGUUCGGAUUCUGUUUACGGAAUCUCCCUCGAGAUAAUUGGGGAAAACCUCGUAGUCCCAUCCGUGGCGUAUUACAUUCCCAGGCCCAUGACAAAGCCCAAGCCCAAGACCAAUUCUAUAGCCUUGGUGUCAGAGGCCCAGUCCAAACAUUUCUUGUGUGCUUGCACUAUGGUUUACAAUGUGGCAAAAUACUUGAGAGAAUGGGUUAUGUACCAUUCGAAGGUAGGUGUGGAAAAUUUCGUAUUGUACGAUAAUGGCAGCGAUGAUGAUUUGGAGGGCGUGAUCAAGGAGCUACGUGCAGAGGGUUACAACAUCAGCACUUUGUUGUGGAUUUGGCCUAAGACCCAGGAAGCUGGUUUCUCUCACAGUGUUCUAUACUCCAACUCCAAGGGAUUAUGCACGUGGAUGAUGUACGUUGACGUUGACGAAUUCGUAUUUUCACCAUCUUGGGGAGACGGGAAUUUACGUGAUAAAAAACACGAGUUUCCUUCGUUGAAACCCAUGUUGACACAACAGGAAAGUCAAUUGCAACGAGGAAAAGAGAGUACUAGGAUCGGACAAGUGUCGAUCAGGUGCUUGGAAUUCGGGCCGUCGGGUCAGCGGCAGCACCCGGUGGAAGGAGUGACGCAAGGGUACACGUGUCGGAGGAGGGUGGAGCAGAGGCACAAGUCGAUAGUGUUGGUGGAUGGGGUGGACCCAAGUUUGUGGAAUGUGAUACAUCAUUUUAAGGUGAAUGAGAAGGAGGGGUUCAGGUCGAAGCAGUUAAACAUGGAGGAGGGGUUGGUGAAUCACUACAAGUACCAAGCAUGGGAUGAGUUCAAGGGCAAGUUCCGAAGGAGGGUGUCUGCGUAUGUUGUGGAUUGGACGCAGUCUGUGAACCCAAAAUCUAAUGAUAGGACACCUGGGUUAGGAUUCGAGGCAAUAGAACCCAAAGAUUGGACACAAAGAUUCUGUGAGGUUAGAGAUCAAAGGUUGAAGUCAUUGACCCGAGCAUGGUUCGGAUCCAACGGCCACAGAAUGGCUUGGCAAACCAGCUGA